GAGAGUGAGGACAAAAGGAGUCUGCCAUUUAUUUCACUCUCAUUCUCUAUGCUCUUUUCAACCUCAUAUCCACUCUUGUUCUUUCAGUACAACUUGGUGUCUCUCCCUCUGUGGACAUUGCUCCCCAAACCAAAACCACAUUUCCAUUCCCUUAAUAGCCUCUGCAACACUUUGAUAAUUUCUUUCAUUCUUUUCUUCCUUUUGGCACUACACCAACUCUUUCAUCAUAAAUUGGAAAAACAAAAUUAAAGAUAGAAAGAUGAACACGUUUGGUUCAGAACUUGGAAGUAGUGGGUGUGAGUCUGGUUGGACUCUAUACCUGGAGCAAUCUUUCCUUAACCAGAAUGCUUCUUCACAUCAGGGUGGAACUGAGGGGUUCUUUGAAGAGGAACACAAGGACAAAAGAUUCAAAGGUGAAGAUUCUGGGGAGGAGGAUUUGUCCAUGCUUUCUGAUGCUUCUUCUGGACCUCCUCUUUUUCCACACUACGACUCUUACUUCAAAGAAGAUGUCAAUGGUUGCUUCUAUUCAGCUUCCAAGGCAGUCAAGCUGGCCAAGAGUGGUAAAAAGAAGCAGAAAGUUAAGGAAAAUCAACACCUUGAGGAUCAACAUCUCACUUUUCUUCAUGACACUGCUAGCUCUCCUGUCUUUGACUUUUCCACUGACAAUGUUACAAGGGGCAACCAACAAACGUCUGUAGGGAGUGUGGUUGAUUAUUCACAAGGUUUUUCUGCAACUUAUUUUAUGGGAAGAUCGUCAUUCCAAGAAGAACACUUCGGUUUCCUACAAUCAGAAAAUGAAGUUGAAGGCAGCAAAUGGUAUGGAGGGAAAAGAAUGGGAAUAAGGUGAAUAUAUAUAUGUCGGUUCUGCUAAUGGAU